AGAAUCAUUCCUCUAAAACCACCCCCUCAUUGGAUAAGCUUAUCGUCCUAGAAGUGAAGGGUCUGGCCAAUAUUACAGGCAAAGCCUCAGAGGCAAAACUUGAUCCCAGCUCCUGUGUGGAGCUGAAGAAAGCAACACCCACUGAAGUAGUCAAUUGGUUUGGACCCUCCCUCCCUCACAAGUGACUCGGAGCAAACUUCAGAGGCAGAAUUUGAACCGAGGUCCCCUGGCUUCCUUCCAGUCUAGACCCCUGUGCGGGGCUUUCCCCCCUAGCCCACUCAAGGCCAGUCUCGCCCACUCGGAACGGAGGGGCUUCCGGGAAGGGCGGACUUACCUGCCCACUACCAGGCUGGCGUUCUCCAGCACGGCCAGGCUCCGCAUCGCCUCCCCUACCAGAGUGAGAAGACGUCACCAUGGCAUCAAGCUUAUUACCAGUAAAACUGACCGCUUCGAAAGAAGAAGAAGAAAAACUAAGAGAGAUUUUCCUUUCCCCAACAGAAAAGUCAAAGAAAGUCAGAAGAGAAAGCACCAUGCCUUAUACAUACUACUUAGAAGAUAUAUUUCUCUUCAAACAAAAAGAAGCCAAAGAAAAAGAAAAGGUAAAAUGUUUGAACCGAAAAAGGAAAGUAUGUGAAAAAACUACUUUUUCAUCCAGAAUGAAGAAUCGAUCACAUCUGGCAGAAAUAAAUAUCCCCAUUGAAUCAGCUGCUCGUGAAAUGGGGCUAGAUUCCACUCUCAUCCUCAGCUUUGUAGACAGAGGUGCAGACUCCAAAAAGUCCAUACAAGAAUUUAUUCGUGAUCAGAGAGAAAGGUUUAUGCUGGAGUACACAUUAGCCACCAAAAGGAAGACAAUAAUGCAGCUUCAGAGAAGUAUGGAGAUGAAGGAACAGCAACUCCUUAAUGCAGAAAAAAAGCUUCAAGAAGAUGCCUACGCUUUUGAAGAAUUUCUCCGAGAAAAUGACCAGAAAUCAGUAGAUGCUUUGAAAAUAGCAGCACAGGAAACCAUAAGCAAACUCCAAAUGGCUGCAGAGUUAAAGAAGGCCAACGUGGAAAUCCAUUUGGUAAAAAGUGAAAUUAUAAAAAGUGAAUUCCUCCUCAGGGAGUACUUGAAAUAUGGAUACUUUUUAUUGAAAUUAUCUCCUAAGUCCUGGCAAGAGGAGCAAGCAGCAAAAAGAGAGAAUUUAAAAGCUAAAGAAAUUGUCCCUACCCUUCCAAAACUGGUCUCAAAAGAGUCAGUAAAGUCAAUAAAGAAGACAAAAACAGACAAAGAAAGUGCAAAGAAAGGAUUUGGAACUCUCCCACCUUUGGAUUCCGCGUCAUUUGUCUCAAAGAGUCAAGGGUCCAAAGAAAAGAUCCAUACGGCCAGGAAGAUGUCGUUUAUGGAUGAUAUUGGUCCUACAAUAAAUCUUCAACAGGACUUUGGGGCAUCUGAGGGGCUGUUUGCCUUCCGAAGAAAGAAAAGCUUGGAAGAUGAGAAAAGGGGGAAAAGAAACGCAUAUGACAGAAGGAAACCCCCAUCACCAAAUGCUGCAAGUAUAAGUUCAGAAGAAAGUUUUGACUUCAGUCUUGAUGAAAUAGACUACGAUAUGGAACCAGAGCUUUACUUCAAAGAACCAGAGGAGCUGCUCCGCGUCCUCACUGAGUUGGAAGAGCAGAAUCUUACUUUGGUACAAUAUUCCCAAGAUGUUGAUGAAACGCUGGAAGAUGUAUCAAAAAGAGAAAAAGCUAUAGAAGAUAAAGUGAAUAGCAAUAUAGAGAUUCUAAUGGAACAAAAAGAAAUCCUUAAGAGUUUCUGUGCUCGAGAGGAAGAAAAAGCAGCAGAAUUGGAAUUAAGGUCACGGCUAUUUAAUUUUGGAGAGUUUAACUCAGAAGUUCAGGAAAGACUGAUAGACUCCCUAAGUAAAAAAGUCAACCAAGUGUACAAGGUCUGCAUCGGAGAGGUGGAUGUGGCCAACCUCAACCCAGUUCAAAAGUUGGUCAAAGUAGAGUCUCGACUGGUGGAGCUGAGUGACCUGAUUGAAACGGUUCCUAGAGAUAUCAUCGAAGUCAUUGAAAAGGCGAAACAGCGAGAAAGACGACAAAAAAUGCGUGAAGAGAAGCUGAAAGAAAAACAAAGAAGCCAGGAAGAAAAAAUAAGACUUGCCUUAGAAAGAGCAGUAUCAGGACCAAAGAAAAAGACGGGAAGGAGACUUGUAUUUCGUUCACAACCUCUUGCGGAUAUCAAACAAGAAAUACUCUUUGUCGAUGAUACAAAGUCAAAAUUAUUUGAGGACCAGUAUUUUUUUAGUUAAACAAAGUCAGUCAGACACAUA